GGCGCCCUUUUAUUCCAUUUAAGACUGAUAAGUAAUUUAUCCACAACACACCAGAUACAGAACAUUUCACAGGCUGCUUCUGAUUGAGAACACGGAUCUGGAUCGGUUUCCACUGAAGCAGGGAGAAGUCAGUCUCAAAAUAUAAGCAUGUUACCACACGAUACAUCAGAAUGCAGUCAGUUACAACAUAAUUGCAUGGGAGGGGAUACGAUGUCACAUACUGAAAAAAAAAAGGGGGGGUGUUGAGUGUGUACAAUGAGGAACUGGUGACAAUAUUUGCUUUCCUUUGUCCUGCAUUACAUCACAGCUGCACUAAAGACACACACAAGAGGCCACACGUACCUACAGCGAUGGCUUCUUCCACCGGUUCCCAGGCUGAACAGUGCAUGUGUUCAAUAUGUCAGGAUUUCUUCACUGAUCCAGUAACCAUUCCGUGUGGACACAACUUCUGCAUGGCAUGUAUCAGUCAACACUGGGACAGCAGUAUGAAGACUCAAUGCCCGCUAUGCAAGAAGAACUUUCACUUGAGACCAGAUCUCGGCAUCAAUAGAGAAUUCAGAGAGCUUGUUGAAGGACUGAAGAGGGGGGAAAGUCCUGUCCAGCCUGGUGCAGUACCAUGUGAUGCCUGUACAAAAAUAAAGAGAGGAGCUUUGAAGUCUUGCUUGCACUGUGAAGGAUCUUUCUGUAAAACACAUCUAGAGCCUCAUAACACUGUAGCAAAACUGAAGAAACACAAACUUAUCAACCCUGUGGAGAAUCUGGAGGAUUAUAUAUGCCCGAUGCACGAAAAGCCGCUGGUGUUGUUCUGCAGAGAUGAUCAGAGGUGUGUGUGCCUGUCGUGUACGACAAGAGACCACAAGAGCCACAACACUGUUCCCGUAGAGGAGGAGAGUGAAGAAAGGAAGUCCCAGUUCGGGAGAAGACAAGCCGAGAUAAAUUUGACGAUUCAGAGCAGAAUGAAGAAAAUUGAAGAAAUCAAACACUCAGUACAGCUCACCAAGCAAAGCUCAGAAAAAGAAAAAGCAGACAUUGUCGAGCUUUUCACUAAUCUGAUCCGCUCCCUUGAGAGAUGUCGGGAUGAGCUGCUGGAGGUGAUGGAGCAGAAGCAGAAAGCAGCAGAAACACAAGCUGAAGAGUUCAUUAAAGAGCUGGAGCAGGAAAUCAGUGAGCUCAAGAGGAGAAACACUGAGCUGGAGCAGCUCUCACACACUGAGGAUCACCUGCACCUCCUACGGAUUUAUCCAUCCCUGUGCAGCCCUUUAGACACCAAGAUCUGGACUGGGAUCAGUACUGAUACUCAUCUGAGGGAGGACGCUCUGAGGAGAGCCUUGACAAAGCAUGAAGAAUUUCUCAAUGGUGCAGUGGUGAAGAUUACAGAAACUGAGCUAAAGAGGAUUGAGAAGUUUACAGUGAAUGUGACUAUGGAUCCUGAAACAGCUCAUCCGAAACUCUUCUUGUCUGAGAAUGACAAACAAGCUAGAUAUGGAGAAACACGGCAGAUUGUCCCGGACAGUCCAUGGAGGUUUGAUACAUGUCCCAGUGUCCUGGGGAAGGAAGGAUUCUCCUCUGGGAAAUUGUAUUUUGAAGUGCAGGUGAAAGGGAAAACUGAGUGGGAUUUAGGUGUGGCGAGAGAGUCUGUUAACAGGAAGGGAAUAAUUACUCUGAGUCCAAGGAAUGGACUCUGGACUCUGUGGUUGAGGAAUGGAAGUGAGUAUAAGGCCUGUGACUGCCUGUCUGUCUCUCUCUGUCUGAACGUCAAGCCCCAGAAGGUGGGUGUGUAUGUAGAUUAUGAGCAGGGUCUGGUCUCCUUUUAUGAUGUGGAGUCCAGGUCUCAUAUCUACUCUUUCACUGGUCAGUCUUUCACUGAGAAGCUCUAUCCAUAUUUCAGCCCAGGCUUUAUUUAUGGAGAUAAAAAUUUAGCCCCACUGAUCAUUUCACCUGUCUGCAAGAAUAAGUGUAUUUUGGCAAAUUAUAACCACUUGUAAAAAAAUAA